UUAAAUUAUACUAGUUUAUGAUUAUUUUAUUUAGAAUAAUUCGUGCGUAUGAACUUUUUUCUUUUGGAUUAAUUUGUAGAUUUUCAAACUAGAGGUUAUAUAAAAUUUUUCAUAUAAUUAGGUAAAAAUAGUAAUCAUGUAUGACGAUUACAAUGAGUAUGAUGCUUAUGAUGAUUAUGGACCACCAGAUGUUCAUAGCGAUCAAUAUGACAGAUUAGGUUAUCGCCAAGUACCAGAAGUUGUACGAAAUUUUUUAGUAUUUUUGCGAAAUUGUAUAAAUGAAGGAAUGAUUUUUGAAAUUCAAAAUCUUUAUGAAACAACAUUUCCAAAAAUCUCAGAACAAUUAUUUGAUAAAUCUUCUUGGCCAGAUACUCAAACAAUUGCACAUAUAGUUGAUAAUGAUCCAGUAUUUCUUACAUUGUAUAAAGAACUUUAUUAUCGUCAUAUUUAUGCUCGUAUGCAAGGACCAACAUUAGAACAACGUCUUGGUUCUUUUUAUAAUUAUUGUGAUCUUUUUAAUUAUAUUUUACGUCCUGAGACACCAGUCCAAUUGGAAUUACCUGAUCAAUGGUUAUGGGAACUUAUUGAUGAAUUUGUUUAUCAAUUUCAAUCUUUUACACAAUAUCGUGCUAAUUUAUCAAACAAGACACCUGAAGAAAUUGAAAAUUUAAAUGCACAUAGUAAGACAUGGGAUGUAUUAUGUGUUUUAAAUGUCUUACAUUAUUUAGUAGAUAAAUCAAAAAUCAAAAGUCAAUUAGAAGUAUAUGCAAGUGGUGGAGAUCCAGAUUCUGUUGCUGGUGUAUUUGGAAGACAUUCUUUAUACAAAAUGCUUGGAUAUUUUUCUCUUGUAGGAUUGUUACGUUUACAUUCUCUUUUAGGAGAUUAUUAUCAAGCAAUUAAAGUAUUAGAAAAUGUUGAACUUUAUAAAAAAAGUGCAUAUUCACAUGUUCCUGGUUGUCAAAUAUCAACAGCAUAUUACGUUGGUUUUGCUUAUAUGAUGAUGCGUAGAUAUGCAGAUGCAAUUAGAACUUUCUCUGGUAUAUUAUUAUAUAUUCAAAGAACAAAACAAUUGUUUGCAACACGAAGUUAUCAAAAUGAUCAAAUUAAUAAACAAACAGAACAAAUGUAUCAUUUAUUAGCAAUUUGUCUUGUUCUUCAUCCACAAUGUAUAGAUGAAGGAUUACAACAAGCAUUACGUGAUAAGAAUUAUCAUGAAAAAAUGUAUAAAAUGCAAUAUGGAGAUUUAGUUGAAUUUGAAUCAUGCUUUCUAUUUGCAUGUCCAAAAUUUUUGUCUCUUACACCACCAAAUCCUGAUAAUCCAAAUGAAGAUUAUGUUCGAGAAGCAAUUAAACAUCAAACUCAAGUCUUUAUGGAUGAAGUUGUUCAACAGAAAAUGUUACCAACAAUUCGUUCAUAUUUAAAAUUAUAUACCACUUUACCAUUAAGUAAACUAGCUACAUUUAUGUGUAGUAAUACUAGACCUGAUGAAAAUUGGGAUUUAGAUAAAGAAGUUAGUGCAUUAACUAUUCAUCUAUUAUGUUUUAAACAUAAAAUGAAAAAUAUUGUUUGGACAAAAGGAGCAUCAGGAUUAGAUGGAAAAUUUCAAUCUGGCUCAGAGCUGGAUUUUUAUAUUGAUCAUGACAUGAUUCACAUUGCGGAUACAAAAGUGGCACAUCGUUAUGGAGAUUUUUUUAUCCGGAAAAUUCUCAAAUUUGAGGAAUUAAAUCGCAAAUUACAUCAUAUAAAAAUUUAAGAAUGUCAUUUCAAUGAUAUAUAUUAUAUAAAAUAAAAAAAUUGAUAAUAAAUA